AUGUUUCAAAAGCCAACAGGAACCGGGCUUAAAUUAAAAGACAACUUUGUUCAUCCUACUGAGUUUAAACAACCCUCGGCACCGUCAUCCGUAUCAAAGCGAUGUUUAGUCAGGCUGUUGGAUCACCAGCUUACGGAAAACUAUCGUUAUAUGUUCCAGAAGAUCGACGAAAAGUACAAAGUCCUUGACGAUAGAAUUGAACUGUUCUCGGGUCGUGUAAAAGAUCAUUAUAAUAUUGAAGAGUUAUUUGAUCCAUUAAGACCAACCCAGGAAGCGAUUAAAACGAUUGGACGUAUUUGCUGCGACACAGAAGGAAAGCUCAACAGUCAAUCUGUAGUAUUAGAGACUUCGCGUAGUCUAGGGGCCGGAUGCAGAGUGAGCUUAAAUUUAGAUGAGGUCCCUUCUUUCGCCUUAUUUCCUGGUCGGGUUGUUGCGGUCGAAGGUAUAAACAGCACCGGACGAGCAUUGAAUGUUACCAAUAUAUAUGAGAAUCCGUUAUUGCCUAUGUCAACAAGCCUCACCUCCGAACUAAUGGAAUACAACUACGGGCCUACCAAGCUCAAUGGACAGCCUAUGACGAUUGUAAUUGCCUCUGGUCCAUAUACAUUGAAUACAAAUCUUCAGUAUCAGCCUUUUCUCGACUUUAUAAAUAAAAUGAAAACCGAAAAACCAGACGUGCUAAUACUGUUAGGACCAUUUGUAGAUCAGGAUCAUCCGCUGAUAAAAUCUGGUAAUCUCGACUCGACGCUCGAGGAUAUAUUCGUGAUGCACAUAUCAGCACCUUUACAAUCAUUCUGUCACGCGUGCCCAGGCACUAGCGUAAUAAUGGUCCCGAGCGCAAAAGAUAUAAUACACAGUCAUAUGGCAUUUCCACAGCCACCCUUGGAAGGAUCAGGAACGCUGAAGAUACCGCAAGAAGUUUUAAGAUUACCCAAUCCAUGUCAAUUUCGAAUAAAUGAAGUGAUAUUUGCCGUAAGCACCGUAGAUGUGUUAUUUCAUCUGAGUGCAGAAGAGGCACCAAGAGAUCCAAAGCCAGACAGAGAUAGAAUGGGCCGAUUAGCUUAUCAUAUACUAGAACAGCGAAGUUUAUAUCCGCUAUUUCCUCCCGCGCGUGGUGAAGUGAACCUGGAUCUCAAACAUCAUUAUGCGAUUGAAUUACAAGUAAUGCCAGACGUAUUGAUCUUGCCUUCCCGAUUAAAGUUCUUUGCAAAAACUGUUGAAGAAGUUGUAUGCGUGAAUCCUGGCCAUUUGACCAAAUCACAGACUGGAGGAACAUAUGCAAAGAUGACUAUUCUUCCAUCAAACAAGGAAGAAAUCAGUAGUAAUGAAGUCAAGCAUCAUGUGGCGGACAGGGCUACCGUAGACAUUAUAAAGAUAUAA